AAUUGACAUUUGUCAUUUGCUCAGGUGCACGAAAAAACAGAAAAGCAAGUAAGAAAAUAACAUAAGCAGAUUUUGCCAACAAUUCUGAUUCGGAUGAAAUGGAUGACGUUGCCGUGGUCCAGAGUGAAAAUGAAAAUUUGCGAAAAGUACGCCAAAGAUUACUCCAAUGGGAGUCGAAUAGCGAUCCGCUUGCUCCGCUAAAUGCACUGCAAUUGGAAUGCCUGGAUGUGGUAAAUAACCAGUGUCGAAGCAACACAGAGGUGUCGGGCGCAGCAAUAGACGGUGGCACCGUGGAAGCAGGGACAGAUAAAAAAGAUGAUAAAUCAGCGGCUCAAGCGCUUAGUGCAAGCGCACAAGAAUUGCAAGCAAUGCCAUCACCUGGAAUCAAUAACACAAAAGAUUUCCUGUUAUGGUACGAACGUGUCAACGAAGAAAUAACCAAACAUUCUGACGUACAGUACUAUCAAUACUUGCAACAAUUGGAGCAACGUGAUGCGGAGUGUGAAGAAAUUUUAGAACAGAUAAACUCUGCGCUGCAUCAGUUGGCGUCCUUGAAAAGUGAAUAUGAAACCGUAUCACAAAAAACUAGUGCAUUAAAUACUGCCAGCGAGCAGUUAACGGAGGAACAGCAACGCUUGCAAAAGCUCGGCGAAGAAAUACAUCGACGUUUACACUACUUCAGUCAGGUAGAACUGCUCCAUCAGCGGCUGCAGAGCCCCACGCUAUCAGUAGCGAGCGAGGCAUUUCGUGAUUGUUUGGAUCGCAUCGAUGAGUGCCUUGAAUAUAUGAGAGCGAAUCCCAAGUUCAAAGAUGCUGCCGCUUACACCGUUAAAUACAAACACUGUCUAGCCAAAGCUGUGACCCUAAUUAAAAAUUACACAACCGCUGUAAUGUCACAGGCCACGAGUGCUACAUUACAUCCAAAACAGACACAUUCUUCAAUACAACAAAGCUCGAACUCUACCGGCGAGGAUGUUGAAAAGAAAACCAACAACGUUACAACAAGUAGCUCGCCCGAUGCUGCAUUCGCAUUAUAUUAUGGCAAAUAUCAAACAGCUGCUGUUAAAAUUAAACGCGUUGCACAAUUGGUAGAGUCGCGGUUGGAACGUAGCGUCGAGUAUGAGCAACUACUAAGUGAAAUGCAUCAAAAUUAUUUGAAUGAAAGAGCGAUUAUUAUGUCGCCAGCGGUUACUAAAGCUAUACUGGAGUUGAAAGCGGCACACAAGGGGGAUCAUUGCGCGCUAACGCGUAGCGCUUGUGCAUUCCUUGUGCAUGUUUGUCAGGAUGAACAAAGACUAUUCUUUCAAUUUUUUGCUCUGGGAAGUGAGCAAUUGACCACGUAUCUCGAGGGUCUCUGCACAAUAUUAUAUGAUACUAUGCGUCCCUUUAUCAUACAUAUUAACCACUUGGAAACUUUGGCGGAAAUAUGUUCGAUUUUACGCAUAGAAAUGUUGGAAGAGCAUGUGCAGCAAAAUCCGGGCGCACUCGAAGCUUUUGCGAAUACAGCAAAUCAACUUUUACAGGACGUUCAAGAGCGUCUUGUAUUUCGUGCACAUCUUUACUUGCAAUCAGACAUUUUGAAUUAUAAUCCAUCAGCUGGUGAUCUCGCCUAUCCGGAUAAACUGGAGAUGAUGGAGAGCAUCGCUCUGUCGCUGCAAGAGUCACAGCAUAUACGUCGUUAUGACUCACGUUCAUCACUGAACUCGAGUAUUUCAAGCGCAAUGGAAACAGAAAGUGUAGACACCACAAGUCGGCCACGCAAUAUAAACUCCUCACCUGCGGAUCUGCAUGGUAUGUGGUAUCCAACCGUGCGGCGUACGCUUGUUUGCCUUUCACGCCUUUACCGUUGCGUAGAUCGCCCUAUAUUUCAGGGGCUCUCCCAAGAGGCACUCAAACUUUGCAUACAAAGUGUCUCUGCAGCAGCUGGGAAGAUUUCAACAGCAAAAACUCCCAUUGAUGGCGAACUCUUCGAAAUCAAACACUUGCUUAUUCUACGCGAACAAAUAGCACCCUUCCGCGUUGAUUUUACCAUCAAAGAGACCUCGUUGGAUUUUAGCAAAGUAAAAACAGCUGCAUUUGGGUUACUGCAAAAGCGUAAACAGCUCUUUUCAAUGGGCAGCAAUAAUGCACUACUCGAGUUUCUGCUCGAGGGCACGCCUCAAAUAAAAGAACAUCUUUUGGACUCGCGUAAAGAAGUCGACCGCCAAUUGAAAAUGGUUUGCGAGCAAUUCAUAAAAGAUGCUGUACAAAUGCUGGUAUCGCCGAUUUUAAAGUUUCUAGAUAAAGCACAAGCGCUCCUUCAAAACAAGGAUAACAAGGCGGCAGCAAAUGAAAAAGAAGCAUUGACACCAAAAAUAAACUACGCGCUGCGCCAAAGCGCCUGGGCUAGUCCACAACAAAUUAGCAGUAUCAUACAAGAAUCGCAGCGAUUAAUAAAGAAUAAAUUAUCGACACUGCAACGCUCCAUGCAACUAUAUUUGAGUAAUCGUGAUACAGAGUUUAUAAUUUUUCGGCCAAUACGAAAUAAUAUUAUUCAAGCAUUUGUCAAAUUGGAACAACUACUCACCACAAAUGGUUACAAUAACGACGAUAUGACCAUAACCGGUUGUCCCACAGCCGAACAGGUGUCCAUAUUACUAUCGAGCGCUAGUAUAUUAGCGACGGAGGGAAUUGUUAACUUUUCAGCCGCAACACGUAAAAUUAGUACCUCCUCAAAUGAGGAAGCAAGUGGUCAAACACGUCGCAUAAGUUUCGAAAAGCGUGUUUCUUUUGAAGCUGGCGCCUCUGCGUCUGUAGCAACUAUGGAAAAUCUACCCGAAAUGCCUGAAUCUGGCUCAUCAGCUGCUUCGCCGGCGCCACCGCUUCUACCGGAGAGUAAUGUCCAAGAUGAAGCAGCAGCAUUGAGCGUUUCUGUGGUGAAUACGGAUAAUGAUGCAGUGGAAGAAUCUGGCGCUAUUGUGUAGCCGUAGAAUUGAUUGCUUGGAACACAUGUUAAGCAAAUUAAAUUAAAAAUUGUAUUUGUUUGUUUUUUUUAUUACCAUCUAUUUAAUUUACCCUAUUAUAUUGCCUAUCUGUAAUAUUAAAAAAAAUUCUAUUCCAUGUUCACCUUACUUUUACAGUAUGUAUGUAUUAAAAA